AACCAGGUGAACUGUGCGCCAUAAAGGACAUAAACGUCAUCUUCAUCUGAGAUGGAGAAGAACUCGAGUGAGAUUGAGCGCGCGGAUCCGGGAGCGGAGACCGCUGGAGACUCCAGUCCAGUGUCCAGUCCACUUACAAGCAACCUCCUGCAAGACCCCUUCCUCGUUUCUGUUCACAUCAUAACAGAUCCAGGUGAGGCAAAAACACUCCAAAGUGCUGCAGACCAACUCCUCUCCCUCCUCCACCCACAACUGACCCUCUUCAGAGUGUCAGAGCGAGCAGAAAGGCCCCAACCAAGGCCACAGUGCCUAACGGACCUCCACCUAUCUCUUUGUCCAUACCUAUCUGUCAUCCUCUUCCUGCAAGAAGAUUAUGGAAGGGAAGAGAGCCAUGAGCAGCAGCUGAGACGCCCUCCAUGGCGUUACCACCACACAGAGUACGUAAAAGACUUAGCAUUUUCCCCAGCAAUGCAGGAUUUCUUCAUACUAGCCCCUGGCACACCACUCUGGGCCCUGCGGCAGGUACAUUAUGGAAAGGAGGUUGUACGAUUCACUAUAUAUUGCCGAUAUGAGACCUACAGUGAUCAGGUGCGUCUCUACAGACUGCUUCUGCGUCGCCCUCUAGCACAGAGAAACCAGAUUUAUAGCUUCUGCGUGGUCUACUCUAACCACCACAUGGAGAUUCAACUAUCAUUUAAGCGGUUACCAAAAGGACAGGAUCCUACCCCCACUGAAUGCACCCUUAUGGAGAUACGUGUGAGAAAUAUGGCUGAACUCAUAGCGCUUCUGCCCCAUCCCUGUAGACCAAUCAGUGACAUACGUUGGCAAACCAAGGAUUACGAUGGGAAUAAGAUAUUACUGCAGGUACAGGGCUCAUCAGAAAGGUCAAGGGACACCAUUCCCUCCUCUCCAUCUUCAGAGACUCCCUCUUUUCCACUAUCAAACAGUUAUGGCCCUGGUGCCUACAAGAAGUGUCGCUGCCCAAGCACCUCCUGCUCCCACACUCAGAAUCUGCUCAUGCAGUCUUCUCCUACUCCCCUACCACUGCAAUGUAAGCAGGAGGACAUAGAGAGUGUUCAGUGUAGCCAGGAAAUUAUGUCUGCUGGAUGGACAGAUUUCCACACUCGCUCCCUAAUCUCAAUGGCAACAAAAGCAUUUCAUUCAGUAAGCACCUAUCCUUCCACUUCCCAUCCGUUCAGUUCCUUCUCUCUUACAAUGCCGAGGUUCCGGAUAAAUGUAGACACAUUAGUCGGAGCUGAAGAGACAGAUGUAGACACGGGACAAGCAGUAAUCAGCAGAUCUGUAGAUCUUUCUGUGGUCUCAGCUUACUUGCUCCCACACACACAAAUUAUUUCAAGAGCUAGAGUCCCACAGCCUCUAUCUGAGCCUCCGCAGUUAUUCAGCAAGGCAUCAUCUCUAAAACACUCAAAUAAAACAGCAUCGCUUCCAAAAUGUGUGUGUGCACUUCAGGCCAGUUCAAAAUGGAGUAGAGGUGAGCAUCAGAGUAAUGGCUUAGAAAUAACUACAGACUGCAAAGAAGAGGACAAACAGGAGUUCUUCAUCUGAUGCACAAACACUGGAUAAUGAAACCUUCAUUCAUCUUCAAUAACCGCUUUAUUCUGUUCAGGGUACAGCAGUCAUUUAAUGACUUUCUAAUCAAGUAAACUCCAACCCAAAUGCUAGUUGAAAAGAAAAUAAUUACACUUGCAAGUAGCCAAAGUAAAUUGAGUCGGAUUUUAAAAUUUAAAAAUCUUUUUGAAACUUAUUAAACUGCAAUAAACAGGAUAGCAGCUGACUACUGCCUGAAAGUGAAAAGACUGAUGACGCUGGAUUCAUUUCCACCCUAAUCCAUCAGAGACGUGAUAUUGUGAAUCCUGUAGACUGAUCAUCUAGAGCGGGUAUGGAAUUAAGGUUGACCUGCAUGGGUCAAGUGAUCACUGAUCUACACUAAUUUAUUUCAUUGAAAGACGACGAAAAUGUUUUGUAAAUAUAUGUCUUUGCUUCAUACAUGCAGAAUAUUGCACAAAUAUUCACAGAUGUUAUUUAACCCUCUAAUGUUGCAGCUGUCACUGGCAAUAAAAAGAUGCAUGUUAUAAUUAUUUUUCAUUUGUAGCAAGGGACAAGCCGAAAAAUUGGUCAGAAGUGUUUGUUCUAAACUGUAACUUGCUAACAUAUCUGUAUUUGUACACAG